GGGACCCACCGGUGCACCUUACACCCCCCCUCCAUCGUCUCUCGUCGCAUUGCAGCGUUCUGAGGACCCUGCUGACACCUCCCGAGAUCUCAAGCCACCCGCCAUCCUUGGACCCAGAUCCUUCUAGCAAACAACACCCAUGGGUUCCCGGAAAAAUUCUUGCUCCAAGACAGGUGAAACAUGGGACCUGGAGACUCUGGACAGCUCUAGCCCGGACUCUGCCAAUCACCUGGAAGAGCAAUGGCUGAAAUCCACCCGUAGCCUCAGUGAGGAUGAGCACAGCGUGGAGGUCGUACUGGAAGAUUCCCUGGAGCUGCUGUCCUUAACCUCACCCCCGCCAGGCAGAGAGAUCAUCAGGUAUGAAGUCACUGUGAACCAACGGAACAUCGAAGACAUCUGCCUCUGUUGUGGAAGUCUCCAGGUGUAUACGCAGCACCCCUUAUUUGAGGGGGGGAUGUGUGCCCCGUGUAAGGACAUAUUCCUGGAGACCAUCUUCCUUUACGAUAUGGAUGGGCACCAGAGUUACUGCUCCAUAUGCUGCUUCGGGAAAACCCUGUUUAUCUGUGAGAGCCCCGACUGUACCAGAUGCUACUGCUUUGAGUGUGUGGAUAUCCUGGUGGGUCCCGGGACCUCAGAGCGAAUCAGUGCCAUGGCCUGCUGGGUUUGCUUCUUGUGCCUGCCGUUCACUCGGAGCGGACUGCUGCAGAGGCGAAGGAAGUGGCGUCACCAGCUGAAGGCCUUCCACGAUCUAGAGGGGUCAAAUCCUGUGAAGAUGUACAAGAUAGUGUCUGCCUGGAAGAGACAGCCCGUGAGGGUGCUUAACCUUUUUGGGAAGAUUGAUAAAGAGCUUGAGAGUUUGGGCUUUCUGGAAAGUGGUUCUGGUUCGGAAGAGGGAAGACUGAAGUACUUGGAAGACGUCACCAAUGUUGUGAGGAGAGAUGUGGAGGCUGUGACCCUCCAGGAUGUCCGCAGCAGAGUCCUCCAGAAUGCUGUGCGGGUGUGGAGCAACAUCCCAGGGUUGAAGAGCAAACACUCGGCCCUAACACCUAAGGAACUGCAGUCCCUGGAAACUCAGACCAGAACCAGAGGCAAGAUGGCUGACCAGAAAGUUGACCUCCUGGUGAAGACCUGCCUUCUCCCCCUGAGAGAGUAUUUCAAGUAUUUUUCUCAGAACCCACUUCCUCUUUACAAAUGAAUCAUAAUACAAUGAAAGAAGAGGUUUUCCUAGAACCACAGCCGCCUUCCUCCUGUGGCCCUUUUCCCUCGGCAAGGUUUUCUUCCGUUUGCUUGCUUGCCUUUGGGGUUUUCCUGUUUGGUUCCCAAGAUGCAAUGCCUCCCAUGCAGCUCACUGUGUGGGUGGGAGGCACCCACUUCUGGGGACAAGAUCCUGAUGGGAUA